UGCAAACGACCUGGCAGAGAAAAUAGACGCAAUUGCCGAGAUUCUGGCAGGAGUUCUGCAAUGUUGGCAGGACUGACCAGGAAAAAAAAGCCGCAGCGGAGAAAAGUCAACUGGCUACAAGGACCGAGUUGGGUCCCUGACUAAUUACGUAUUGUCCAUAUCCGUCUCUUACAAGUGGCAAUUAGGGUCGAGUGAAUAAAAGCGCCUGGACUUAGAGUGAGUUAGUAUUUUGUGGAGUGGCUGACAAGAUGGCUACGACGCUCUUACAGGGAUACCUGCUCAUGAUCCUCAUCAAAACGACUCUGCAAGGAGGUGUUCCUGGAGCAGCAGGAGUUCAAGGAACACUAGGACGUCUCUUUCUUCCAAGUGCAUAUCUUCGCAGUACUGGGCUGCAAGCUCCUGGACCUGGAAUUUUACAACAACAAAUUGCUGCUGCAUCUAAAGCAGCCAAACUUGCAGGAAAAGGAUUACCUGGUUCAGUUCCAGGGGCAGCAUACCCUUACCAGGCUGGACCAGGAGCUGGAAUUCUAGGUGCUGGAGUUCCUGGUGCUGGAGUGCCCGGUGUUGGAGUUCCCGGUGCUGGAGUUCCGGGUGCACUUUUCCCUGGGUUAUAUCCAGGCGCAAGAACUCACGGGCUGGGUGUACUACCGGGUGUACCAACUGGGACUGGUUUGAAAGCUAAACCAGGUGUUGGUGGUCAGUAUGGAUACCCAGCAGGUUAUGGUGGCUUUGGAGUAGGAGUACCUGUUGGUUAUCCUGUGCUAUCUCCUAAACUACCAGGUGGCUAUGGAAUUCCAUACAGUGCUGGUGGAUAUGCAGCAGCCAAAGCUGCUAAAUAUGCAGGAGGUGUACCAGGCCAGGUUCCAGGAGGUUUACCAGGCCAGGUUCCAGGAGGCAUUUCAGAUGGAUAUGCAGCGGCAGCGAAAGCUGCUAAAUAUGGAGGCAUACCAGGUCAAGUUCCAACGGGUGGACGUGGAGCCAUUCCAGGAGUCGGUGCAGAUGGAUAUGCAGCAGCUAAAGCUGCUAAAUAUGGAGGUGGUGUACCAGGACUAGGUCCAGGAGGCUUUCCAUGGCGUGGAGCAGGAGCUCUGCCAUGGCGUGCAGCUGGUGGCUUUGCAGGAGCUGUACCAGGAGGAGUUCCAGGUGGGUAUGCAUCGGCUAAAGCUGCUAAAUACGGAGUUGGUCCAGGAGCUGUACCUGGAGCUCAGCCAGGUGUUGUACCCGGUGCAGCUGCUGCAGCCAAAGCUGCAAAAUAUGGAGGCGCUCCAGGAGGUAUAACAGGUGCUGAAGGAGCUGUUCAGCCUGGAGUUCCGGGAGGUAAGGACAUUGGUGUUGGAGUAGGAGUGCAGCGAGGCGCUGGAGUAGGUGUGCAGCCAGGCGCUGGAGUUGUCCAACCUGGUAUUGGAGUUGGCGGAGCUGCUGCAUCCAAAGCUGCCAAAUAUGGAGGUCUUGGAGUUGGUGUGCAGCCUGGCGUUGGAGUGGGUGUGCAGCCUGGUGUUGGAGUGGGUGUCCCAGCUGGCAUCGGAGUAGGUGGAGCUGCUCCAUCUAAAGCUGCUAAAUAUCAAGGCCUUGGAGUGGGUGUGCAGCCUGGUGUUGGAGUAGGUGUCCAGCCUGGCACAGGAAUUGGCCAGCCUGGCAUCGGAGUGGGGGUGCAGCCUGGCGUUGGAGUUGGUGUGCAGCCUGGCGUUGGAGUGGGUGUGCAGCCUGGCGUUGGAGUGGGUGUAAAGCCUGGCGUCGGAGUUGGUGUGCAGCCUGGAGUUGGAGUGGGUGUAAAGCCUGGCGUUGGAGUUGGUGUGCAGCCUGGAGUUGGAGUUGGUGUGCAGCCUGGCAUCGGAGUGGGUGUGCAGCCUGGCAUCGGAGUGGGUGUGCAGCCUGGCGUCGGAGUGGGUGUAAAGCCUGGCGUCGGAGUGGGUGUGCAGCCUGGCAUCGGAGUGGGUGUGCAGCCUGGCAUCGGAGUGGGUGUGCAGCCUGGCAUCGGAGUGGGUGUGCAGCCUGGCAUCGGAGUGGGUGUGCAGCCUGGCAUCGGAGUGGGUGGACUUGCUGCAUCUAAAGCUGCUAAGUACAGAGGCCUAGGAUUGGGUGUGCAACCUGGCAUAGGAGUAGGAGUUCAGCCUGGAGCAGGAGUAGGUGUUCUGCCUGACGCCGGAGUGGGUGGAGCUGCUGCAUCUAAAGCUGCUAAGUAUAGAGGUAUUGGCGUGGGUGUGCAGCCUGGCUUUGGAGUAGGUGUGCAGCCUGGCAUCGGAGUGGGUGUUAAUGGAGUUCGACCCAGCAGUGCUCCACUGACUCCUCAACCAGGUGGAGCACAGCCAGGCCUUGGAGCUAAAGCAGCCAAGCUAGGGCAAGGAGGCUACGGUGGAUACCUACCCUAUUAUCAACCUGGUAAACCUCCUAAACAGUAUGGGGCACUGAGCCAGUUUGGGUAUCCUUAUGGGAGAGGAUCCCCUUGUGCAAUGGGAAAAUAUUGUGGUCGAAGGAGAAAAUAAAUAAAUACUUGGAAAAGAAGUGACCUCAAGAACUCUGGUGCUACUGCAUGAUUCGGAAUGUAAAGGAUGGUGUGGAAUGGAACUCCCCUCACCACCGCCCCCCACCUUUCUUCAUUUCAUCUAUGAAACAAUUUGGCUGCAUUCAUUAUCAGUAUCUAAUGGACUUUGUUAUCAAAGAAGCUGUGCUAUACACUGUGUGCUUCAAGCAUUUAGGGACCAGCUUACAACUGAGUCCUUUGCUGUUAAUCUCAUAGUAAACACCAUCCUUGACUUGAUUUAUUUUGUUUUGUGAUUCUAACUCCAGUAUUUUUAAGUUAUAAAAUUGUGUUAUUAAUUUUUAGUGGCUUGUGCUUUGCUUUACAAGAUGUACUGUGAGUGAUACCUGGAUCGUACAGCUGGGCCGUAGCUCCAACCCCUGCCAUAAUUUUGGUGCUGUUGAAAAUCUAUUUUUGAGAGUGGCAGCUGUAUUCAUACAAAUGAUGGCUCAACCCUAAUGAGUGGGGCCUGAAGUGACCAAUGCAACUUUUGCAUAUUGUUUUUCUACACAUUUGUCACAUGGCUAACAAGACUUCACACUUGGAGGCCAAAUUUAGCUUCCUAGCCAAAAGAUUCCUGGAAAGGUCUGGCUACUUUGAUUUGGUAGGCUUUGAAGUUUAUACAAGCUGAAUGACAUUGGGGCAGAUUUUUCCCCUCCUACACUUGAAGCUAAUUAAUUUCUUCCACACAAUAAAUUCAGGAAUAUUGGGCCAGCUAUCUUAUGUUAUUUCUUUCCAACUUAUUUUCCUGUACCCAUUGUACCUGGAUGGUUCAGAACUCUCAGGUUUGGGACAAAGAAAACCUAUCCCAAGUUAUGAUAACAUUAGUCCUUCAUCAUUGGCAGUGGUGUGGCUAGGAUUUUACUACCUCCAGGAUCAGGGUUAAUAAACGAACUCUGCACAUUUUAACAAUCUGAUUACCUCCGCAGCAUUAAUUGGUUAUGAUUUGUAUUCGAUUGAAAUGACCUGUUGUAACUCAGCCAAAUGAAUUAGUUGGGUAACAAAUUAAUCCCACAAAGACAUUUUGUUCCUAAAAUAAAAACUUUCCAACUAACUCAUGAAAUUUCCCAAUUUAGCAUAUUGUAAAGUGGUUCAUAGUCCUGCUGUCAACAAAUUUGCGUGCUGUUAUAAAUCUUUACUGCACAGUAGUGCAGUCUCAGGCAUCAUCUUCUAAGAAAAAUUAUAUAAUAAGAGGGUAUAUAGACAUAAUUGCACACGAUUAUUAGAUUGUACCUGAAGGGGCUAACUGAAUUGUGAAAAUGCAGAAGCCCACCACAGCCACUCUUGGUAAAAUUGUCCUUUCUCUUCUGCUUUCUGUCUGUUCUGUCUGUGUCCAUUUUCUCUGGCCCUUUUUUUUCUCUUUGACUGUCUUAUCUGCAAAGUAGAAAUCAUGAUCAGCACUAUUCUUGAAACAUGUUUAAGCAGUAGAUUUUUAAAUAGCUCAAUGCCUGGAUCAAAAUAAAUUUGAUAUGAGCACCUUAAGAUUCCGUCAUAGAUGCUGAUCAGAGUUCCUGUUCUUAACAUGACUCUCAAUUUUCCAUCAUGCACUUCUUUUGAUAAGUGAUAUGCUAUCGUAUGUAAUACUUUACAUCAGUUCUGCAAUAAUAAGUACUGUAGCAGAUCUUGAGCCCCAACAUUGGUGUAUUGCUUCAGGUUUGGUGUAAUGCCCAUUUGCUGUAUCUUCAUAAACUGUAUGAAAGAGAAAAUACUGGAUGGACAACAAUUCAGUAACAGCUUUUAAAAUAAACAGAAUUGUUUAAAUAAA